AUGGAAAUCCACAUUGCAAAGAGGCCCCAUGAAUGUAAAGUAUGUGGGAAAGUCUUCAAGAAGGCCUCACACCUCACUGUCCAUAGAAGAAUCCACAGUGGAGAGAAGCCCUAUGAAUGUGAGGACUGUGGGAAAGCCUUUAAAACAACCUCGGCCCUCUCUGUACAUAGAAGAAUCCACAGUGGAGACAAGCCUUAUGAAUGUAAGCAGUGUGGGAAAACCUUUACAGAGUGUGGGAAAGCCUUUAGAAUCGUCGCAGACCUCACAAGACAUAGGAGAAUCCACAGUGGAGAGAGGCCUUAUGAAUGUGAGGAGUGUGGGAAAGCCUUUAGAUCAGCUUCCAGUCUCACUGCACAUAGAAGAAUUCAUACUGGUGAGAGGCCUUAUAAAUGUAAGGAAUGUGGGAAAGCCUUUACUGAAUCCUCAAGCCUCACAAAACAUAGAGGAAUCCAUAGUGGAGAGAGGCCCUAUGAAUGCAAAAUGUGUGGGAGAGUCUUCAAGAAGGCCGCAAGCCUCAGUAACCAUAAAAGAAUCCACAUUGGAAAAAGGCCUCAUGAAUGUAAAGUAUGUGGGAAAGUCUUCAAGAAGGCCGCGCACCUCACUGUCCAUAGAAGAAUCCACAGUGGAGAGAAGCCCUAUGAAUGUGAGGACUGCGGGAAAUCCUUUGUAAGCGACUCAAACUUCAUAAGACAUAAAAGAAUCCAUAGUGGAGAGAAGCCCUAUGCAUGUAAGGAGUGUGGGAAAGCCUUUAAUGUAACCUCAACCCUGACUGCACAUAGAAGAAUCCAUAGUGGAGAGAGGCCUUAUGAAUGUAAGGAGUGUGGGAAAUCAUUUAGAGUAACCUCAACCCUCAGUGUACAUAGACGAAUCCACAGUGGAGAGAGGCCCUAUCAAUGUAAGGAGUGUGGGAAAGCUUUUAGAGUAAUGUCAGGCUUCAUUGCACAUAAAAGAAUUCAUACUGGUGAGAAGCCCUAUGAAUGUAAGGAGUGUGGAAAGUCCUUUAUUCAGGCCUCCAACCUCACAGUACACAUGAGAAUCCAUGGCGAAGAGAGGCCCUAA